AUCUCUGCCUGUCUCCCUUAUAAAGUUUGUGUCUGCCCCUGUCGAGCGCUCCACUAACACACGCGACAUUCCCUUAAACCACCCCGCCAGCGCACUUGCAUCUGCUUCUCCAACCCUACGACAAGCCCAACUACUUGGGUGCGCAGCAGGCACUGACCUCAUCUCAUCUUUUUUUUUUUUUUAUCUUUUUUCUGGUCUUGAGCGAGAGGCGAGAGCUCGGCUCAUCUUGUGCCGAAAGCGGCUGGAAAAAGGCAUACAGAAGGAAACCUGAGCAACAUCUGGCUACUAUGUCGUCCACCAUGGUCGUUACGGCCGCUGCUUCGAAAACAACUUCCCUCUUCGUCGAUCCCAGCCCGUCCUGCUGCCCCAGUUGCGGCGUCGUGAUCCCCCCCCAAGAUGCCGAGCCCCCAUCAACCCAGCUGCUCGAGGCUCAGGCCCGCAUCGCCGAGCUCGAAACCCAGGUCUUCCAGCUGAACCAGAAGGCCACGGCUGCCGUAGACCGCUGGGCCGACUACGAGGCAGAGCUGUCCAAGUUGCGAGCCAUGCUCCCUCCGUCAACGCCCGAACAGCCCGCCAGUGCGGCAUCUCAUAGUCCCACCCGCUCGUCCUUCUUCCAGGCUGGCGCGACGAGAAUCUCCGCGUUGAUGUAUUCGCGUCGACCACAAACCGCGAGCCCUCCGGCGAUAUCCAGGGCCGUGCCUCCCGUGACGCCGCCGCCGACUGAAGCGAGAGUGAUGACGACGACGACAACGACGGCGACGAUGACGAGAAACAGCGGCCGCACGGCAGAAGACCUGCUUGAGGCUUUGAAUAAGGAGCAGAUGCUGCGUAAAGCGGCAGAGGGUCGCCUCAACGAAACGAACAGGGAACUCGAGGACCUCAGUGCGACGCUCUUUGAGCAGGCCAACGAGAUGGUGGCUACGGAGCGUCGCGCCAGGGCCGCCCUAGAGCAGAAAGUAUCGGAACUCGAGCAGCGAGAUGUGGAGAAGAGGAUACGGUUGGACAAGCUGGAGCUGGCUAUGCAUCGAAUCGAAAAAGUCAAGACCCUGCUGAUAGAAGGAUACGACGCAGAGGCUCUGUCGUUGGCGUCUAGAGAUAUUGAAUGAAAGGAUACACGAAUGAAUGAACAGGAAAAAAAGUAAUACUGGGCGAAUUGGAUGGAUUGGUCGCAUGGAUUGGGUUACGGAAUAUCAGAUUAAACGGGAACUGGAAGCGUUAAGAUCUAUUUGUAUUGAUUCUUUUUUUCUUUUCUUACGCUUUUCUUCUGUUGAUGAUUGGGCAAUGCGCAAGAAUAUGAACAUGCCCUGGCUUUGACUUUGAUUUCACAACUCUUGGGCUUGCACGACUGGAGGGUGUUUCCGAGGAGUGCGUAGUAAGGUGUUUUAUAUAUAUCAACUAAUCACUAGGUGGAGAGAAAUGAGAAGCAAAAUGCAUCUUGACGGUGGCGCCGUGUAAGAGAUUACACUUGUGAAAGUAUUUGCCUGCGAUUCUAUAUAAAACGCCUUCGUACCCCUACGCCGUUGGUAUGU